UCAUGAAAUCCCCUGCCUCGUCUUUUUUCCCUUUCCUCGUAUUAAAGUGGACUCAUCAAUAUUUCGAUUUUCGGUUCUUCAAUUAUUCCACAUCAUAAAAACACUAUCAAUUCCAACCAUAUUCUUUCUCCAUUAUUCACGAGUUAGUGAUAAAAUCGGCUUACAUUCCGCCAUUUUUCCUACCUUAUUUAUGAAAUUUCUUUAGAUACACAGAGUUUUGCCUGAGUGUUUACCAUUGAACGACAUCAUUCUUACUGAUAAUCAUCAUCAUGACAUCGGGAACAAGGAUGCCAACGUGGAAGGAGAGGGAGAACAACAAGAGGAGAGAGCGAAGGCGAAGAGCCAUUGCUGCUAAAAUAUUUGCCGGAUUAAGAAUGUACGGUAACUAUCAACUUCCUAAGCAUUGUGAUAACAAUGAGGUCCUUAGAGCUCUCUGCAAUGAAGCUGGAUGGACAGUUGAGCCUGAUGGUACCACCUACCGUAAGGGCUGCAAACCGAUGGAGAGAUUGGAUUUUUUGGGUGGUUCAACAUCAUUAAGUCCAUGUUCAUCUUACCAGCCAAGUCCUUUCACUUCCAACAACCCAAGCCCUGCUUCCUCUUCCUUUCCUAGUCCGGCUUCUUCCUCAUACGCGGCAAACCUUAACAUGGACGGGAAAUCCCUCAUACCGUGGCUUAAAAACCUCUCUUCUGGAUCUUCAUCGGCUUCCUCUUCCAAACUCCCGCAUUUUCAUAUUCAUACUGGCUCCAUCAGUGCUCCAGUGACCCCUCCUUUUAGCUCACCAACUGCCCGAACCCCACGGAUGAAAACUGAUGCCGGCUGGGCUGGAUUUCGCUACCCGUUCCUUCCAUCAUCUACACCAGCUAGCCCUGGUCGUCAGAACUUCAUUGGUGCAGAAUGUUUUGCUGGAAUUAGUGGACCACCUUCUCCAACAUAUAGUCUUGUUUCGCCUAAUCCGUUUAGGUUCAAAAUGGAGGUUCUAUCACGUGGUGGAUCUCGUAUGUGCACACCUGGACAGAGUGGCACAUGUUCACCUGCUAUUGCUGCAGGAUUGGAUCAUACUGCUGAUGUUCCCAUGGCUGAAGUGAUGAUCUCUGAUGAGUUUGCAUUCGGAAGCAAUGCCGCAAGGAUGGUGAAGCCAUGGGAAGGGGAGAGGAUCCAUGAGGAUUGUGUUCCGGAUGAUCUUGAGCUUACUCUUGGGAGUUCUAAGACAAGAUAAAACUUGGAAUUGUGCAAGCAAGAAGAAUUGGCUCCUAUUGAUGUCAAGGUGGCGCGAUGGGGUAUGAAGAAAAAGGUUUUAGGCUUUCACAGGAGUUGAUCCAUCUAUAGCAUCGACCCCUCCCCAUCUCCCAAUUUGGUUGUUCUGUUGUUAUAUAUAAUGGAAGAACAGUGAUUCUAUAAUGUGAACUUUAAAAGUAGUAGCAAAAUGUAAGAUGCAGAAUUCAACUACAUCACUCGAACGUUAGAUUGAACUGAGCAGAAAAGGCAUGUAACUGCUGCAAGAAGCUGGUUAUGUCUAAAAAGACAUACACGUGUACUGAAACUCCCGUUAUGCAUGGGUCCAGAGAAAGCCAGACCACAAUUUGGUUAUGUCUA